AAGAUAUUGCUGUGAAAUUGUUUACUAAUGAUUAUAAGAGACAUAAAUGUGAAAUUACUUCUUCUACCAUCGUGUUAAUUUUAAAUAUAUCUUUAUACAUCGACAGCACUAACGAGUCGGCCUGCCCAGUAAGUCCACCCAGUUGGUAUCUACCCAGACAAAGAAGGGUGUAAUCACCAAAUUCCAUUCCUCACGCGAAGCUCCAGUGUGUCCUCAGUGCACGGUGGCUACUUUGUCAUUCCGCCAACACUUUGUUCUGAGCCGGUGGGCUGUGUGAACACCACCCGGGGUGCCGCGGCGACACAACACCCGAGCUGUGGGAUACUCCAAGACAGGAACAUAGACACUGCAGCACGGAGAGGCCCACGCGGGGCAACGAGGGUUGGGAGGAGUAUUCACUGUUUUACAGAAGACACCUACGUGAGGACACCACAACAUCGUCAUGUCGGAUGGUGGCGCUGGUGUCUCCUGACUGCCACCCACGUCUGGGACAAAGGGCUGUCACGUAGUUUUGUCAUUAUCUUGGCGAGGAAGUCGCUGUCCGUGUCUGGGCUGUCACACACCUGUCGUCACACAUUCUUGGCAAUAUUCUGAUGCAGAAGUCGUAGUCUGUGCUGGUCAGCUCUGUCACGUAGUCUGUGUCAGCUCUGUCACGUAGUCUGUGUUAGCUCUGUCACGUAGUCUGUGUCAGUGCUGUCACGUAGUCUGUGUCAGUGCUGUCACGUAGUCUGUGUCAGCUCUGUCACGUAGUCGGUGUUAGCUCUGUCACGUAGUUUGUGUCAGUGCUGUCACGCAGUCCGUCAGCGUUGUGACACUGUAGAUCUUGACACUAGAGAGAGACGGAUACACCUGACAUCAAGAGAAAAAAAGUCAUUAACCCCGGGAGUAACCCAGUCCUCGUUCUUCAAGAAGCUCCUUGGAUUUUGAUGAAGGUGUUCGAGGGCUAACGACGACGACCUGGAAUCAACGUCCCUUGAAUCACACAAAUAUACAAAUAUUCACACACACACACGGGGAGUUGAUGCUGAUCACUCGAGUGUGCAUGAAGUAGGCGACCUCGACAAGUCUCACAUCGCCGCCUUGAAGUCCAGAAGUCCUUCUACAGACCUCGGAUGUAGCUUUCCUCUCUAACCAUCCAAAUAAGACCUCAUACACUUUCUCCAUUACGAGCAUCCGGUGAAGGAGGAACCGCUAAAAAUGUCCCGGUCACGUGCCCGCAGCCCCUUGAUGAUGUCGGUGUCCAGGACAGGCGACAACGACGUCCCAGGAGGUCAACAGGGGCAGGAGUCACGUGAUCAACAGGAACCGCUCCCCACGUACACAUCUUUGAAGAAGACAAGUUCCAAGUCUUCACCUCCUUGCUGCAUGGAAACGUGGCACUGACUGAGGUACCCCGAAUACGGCCAGUGAUGGUGAAGAUGUACGUCGCCUCACCCUCUGCAGACAUGGACAGCGAGAGGCACAUUUUGGCCGAGCAAGUCUUCCCUGAGCUGAGGAGGUAUUGCAGAGACGAAUACGGCGUAGAAUGUGAGGUGCUACUGGGUCACAGCAGUGACCCUUGUCCAGCGCCGAACACCGUGACUGUCGCUGUGUUUGACGCCAUCUGCAGCCAACUGUCACGGACCGGAAGGGACGUCACUCUAGUGACUCAGUGCUAUCAGUGUGACCACAACGUGACCCCCAGUGUGUAUCGUCUGCUGGAAAAACAAGACAUCGAAGUGCUCACCGCGUGGCGUUGGAAGGAAACACAAGGGAAAGUCUCGGAGCUCAUCUCGCGCGGCACGAGACUUGCCGUGGAGUGCGGUAGCAUCACAGAGGAUGAAGCACGACUUUACCCACUACCAGUGUUCGGGAGGGACGUGCUCCAAGCUCAUGUGAGUGUCGCCGAUGCCAGGACCCGCGACAACAGCUCCAUCCUUGUCCUGCUGCUGGAAACAGGUCAACACGAUGUUAGGACUGAUGUCGAGGCCCAUCCAACUGCUGAGACUAGUCAGACCAACCUCAAGAUGGGAUGUCCUUCUGUUCAUUGUUAUACUGACGAGGUAAAAGGGAUGAGUAAAGGAGACAGCGACAGACACCAGGUCUCUGGCGACUUGUGCAGAAGACUUCGCUCUUUGCUGGACCGCGGAAUGAGAGAGCGGGAAACACUGUCUGCCAUCGCCGACCUUGACCCGCUCUACAUGGAGCUUGUCCAGCACUGGGGCGAGGUCGUUGACAGGUGUGCAACGUUCGUCGGACAGGAGGCGCCGCUGAGGGCGAUCUGCAGCUACAUGUGUGGAAACAGUGGUCAACCUCUGGUCAUAUACGGCGAGCCCGGAGUGGGCAAAACUUCCUCUUGGCCAAGGCGGCGUCAACAGCUCACCUGUGGACGUCAGGCAAGAAUCGCAUGGGUGUCAGGAAAGCCAGACCAAGCGAUUCCUGAAAACUGCAGGAGGCUGAAGAACUACUUCAUCGACUUCCUUCAGCGUGGGGAAUUCCCCGGCCUACUGGUGAUCGUGCUGGACGGUCUUGACCAACUGACCGCCAGUGACGGCGCCCACAAACUGGACUGGCUGCCCGCACGUGUUGCACCCAAUAUUAAGAUGAUUGUGUCCGUAUCGUCAGCCAACAUCAGCCUGGUGAACAAGUUAGAGCUCAAGGCCCGCAACUCCAUGGAGCAGUUGUUGCCCUUGUCCUUCUUGGACGCCGAGGACGUCUUCAAGAUGCUGCUCAGGACAGCAGGACAUCAGGUGACUGCACAACAGUGGCCGGUCAUACAGCAGGCCCUCCAUCACUGCUCUAUGCCGCUAUUCAUCGUUCUCACCCUCCAGGAAGUCUUAAGAUGGCGUUCGUUUGACAUCGUGUCUGUCGACGCCCUGCAACACUCUGUGGAGGCAGCGGUGGAGAAGUUGUUUGAAAGCCUGGAAGCCAGACUCGGUCAAGUGUUGGUGUCUCGAGCCUUGGGCUACCUCACGGCCUCCCGCAGCGGCCUCAGCGCCAGCGAACUGGAGGACCUCCUGUCACUGGACGAUGAUGUCCUGCACUCGGUCUUCACGGGUAGUCAGCCCCACCUACAGACGGUGCCUCCUCUACUGUGGCCACGACUACAUGGAGAAAUCGCGGCUCUUCUGCAGGAGAAGAGCUGGGAUGGUGUUGUUGUUCUGUGUUGGCGCCACCAACGUUUGGCGGAAGCCGCUUCGCACAGGUACUUGCGCACGUCUGCGGACUAUCUGCGGGCGCACCGAGCGUUGGCGGAUUACUUUCAGGGUGCACGGAGCGGAACUUUCCAGAAACCGUUAUCCUUGCAGCAACGAGAAGAUCUGGCGCAGGGGAAAGGUUCCCGCCCUGUGCUGGACAUGCCGCUCGUCUUGUGCAGCUCCACGGGCAGCCGACAUUACAACCGCCGCAAGAUGUGGGAGCUGCCCCACGCUCUGCACUGCAGUCGUCAGGUCGACCGCCUCAAGUCCGAGUGCUUUUGCAACCUCCACUGGCUGCUGGGCACGCUGUGCGCCACCUCCGUGCAGCACGUGCUGGCUGACCUUGACCUGCUCCGUGACCGCGAGACGGAGCUGGUGGCCGAGGCUUUGCGGAUGUGCAGCUCCGUCCUCCGGGACGACCCUGACCUCCUCCAGGUGGAACUUGCAGGUCGCCUUUUGCCACUUGCAGCCCGCUACCCAGCCCUGCGCGAAUUGGUCAGGCAGUGUGAUGUCAUGGCGCAGAAGUGCUGCCCUCUGGUGCCGCUGGCACAGCUGUAUGCAGCUCCAGGCGGGCCGCUGCAAAACGAAUAUGAUCUUGAACCCGCCCCGAGGUCAGCUGAUGACGUGGACGUGAUCGCCUGUGCUGACAGCAUGCUGUUGACAGUUAAGUACGACUGCUCAGACACGUUGAAGGUGUGGGACCCUGUCCAGAGGGAGCCUCGCCAGGAACUGCAACUCCCUGUUGGAAGGAUUUUGUCCUCCAGAGACCGCCGGUUGUUGUGUGUACUGAAAGACAAUCGCUUCAUCAACAUCUAUGAUGCUGAUAGCGGCAAUCUUCAUGGAGUCAUAGACUACGACUAUGGAAAGGUGAGUGGCGUGGCGACAGGUACCCGGUACAUGGCCAUCAACACGGAGCGUGGGGUGGGACCUGUCGUGGUGGACCUGCAGGAGGUCACUCAGGUGCACAGGUUUUCAUUCCACUCGCAGGCUGCGGCCAUUGGGGCGGACGACGGUACCCUGGUCAUCUGUGCCGACCGCUUGGUCCUCUUAUAUUCUCUGCCCCUCAUGGAACGAAGGGGCGUGGUAGAGGCGCGCGAUGUUCCGCAGAAGGUGUACCUGUCGGUCCUCCACAGCAAGUGCUACCUGCUGACCCGCGCCAGACUUCUGCAGUCCAUCAGCUUCAAUGUCGCGGUACAACCCCGGGCUCGUGAUCUUUUCUGCGACCCUGAGCUUCGGGACUUUACGGUCUCUCACAGCGAAAAUAUGAUCUUGUGCCGCUCGGCACGCCACCUGCAUGUUGUAGACGCACACGGAAAGCAGGUUGCUAAGCAACUACAGGUAACACCAGAACUGAUCCAAGCGUCUAUGUUGUCAUUCUCUGCUGCCGGCUUUUUUCUUGACGAUCGCCUCAUCGUGGCCGGGCGCCACACCCAGCUUCUGGUCUGGAACACGGCUUCUGGACAGCUGCUGAGAGUACUGCAGGCUUCCUUCACGCCCAUCACCAGACUUUUCUUGUUCCACGACCUCGACAAGGCCGUCACAUUGCUGGAGGACAACACGGUUCAGGUAUGGAAUUUUAACAAUCUCGAUGAAGGCAUUCUCCACACCAUCAAAAUUGCACAAAGUCCAGUGCAGUCAGUCGCAGUGUCAAGUGUGGCUGGAUUUGCUGCAUGUCAAGGUCACACUGAGGUUAAGCUAGUUGACUUGGGCACAGGUCGGGUGACGGGCACUUUGCAGCAUGACUCUAAUGUGAAGCAGGUGACUAAUGUUACCUUGUCUCCUGGGGGCAGAUACCUGCUUACAUGUUGUCUGUUGAAAAAUGAAGAGGAAUUGGAGGAAGAAGUGUCAGCUUGGUCUUUUCGUCAUUGCUUUGUACUGUGGGAUAUUGGGCAGAAGAGGCCCAUCUAUUCAAGGGUCAACUGUCGCUUUGCUUUUUUUGACUGCCAUGGGACAUCUCUGGGAGUAAUUCACUGGGUUGUCUACAAUGCAUUAGACUGGACUAGCAACUGGUACCAGUUCACCUUUCUGCAGCUAGAUGCAAAGGCCAGAGGUUAUAAUGAACAGCAUUUUGAUCUUCCAGAGAAUAGUGAGCUUGUGGGAUGUCCAUCUAUUUUUUGUGACAAAAUGACCAAGGCUUGUGCUCUUGUGGCUGUGCUGCAGAUGUCCUACAAGGUGUUAGAUGAGAACAACCAGGCAACCAAUCACAGUUUUGAGACCUUAGUCUAUAUUCAGUUUGUGGCUCACAGGCAGGGAGAGAGUCACACCAAUGAAGCUGGAAGUGGGCCAAGCAUAGAGACACCAGACACCAGAUAUGUGCGACUGCAGGACCUUAUAGAACAUUCUGAAGUCACAGACCACAUUUCUCAUGUCCAUGUGCUCCAGGACCAUCUACUGCUCAUCACCUAUGUGAAAGAUGUGGACUGUUUCCUGUUUCAUCCCUCCCAUGGCCUUGUCAUUCCUCCUGAUGCAGAGAAGGGAGCUGUUCUUUAUGAUCCAAUCAACGACACUGUGUUGAAGCACUUACCACAGGUCUGUGAACUAAACAUAGACAUUAGGUCUAUUCUGGUUUCUACAAUGUCCUCCAGCAUGGUAGACCAGCAUCUUCAGGUGUCCAGAUCAAUGAGCAGUCACAAGCUGAGCUCAGCCCUGACAGAACUGCAUCCAGAUUUUGUACGACCACUGCUGCAUGGUCGAUACAUAAUGGGCCUGACCUGUGACUGUAAGAAACUGAAGAUAUACAGGAGCAGUGAUGGUGUACAAAAAGCCUCACUACUGAUCCAUGGGAAGGCAUGCAGCAUAGCAGUGGCAGAAGAUGGCCGAACAAUUGCUGUGGGGACCGAAGACAGUCGAGUGAUGCUGUUGGGAUUUGUGCUAGAACUCAGUGACCCAUACGGUGAGUUCAUCUGGAAGCUCCCUUCACGAAAUCCAGCUCUCCCAGUUCUUCUAGAGCAGGAAGAUACUGCAAAGAGUAGCCCUCAGCUACUAGAUGAAGACUUGCGAGUGGUUCGUGGUGUGAUGUCAGACCUGAUUAGGCUGUCCACCAAGACAAUGGCUGCCAGUCAUGAACCGAGUUUCAGCAAAUCAGCAAAGCCGUACUUGUGACUCAGAAAUGUCAUUGUGCACAAUAACAGACAUGUUGUGUCCGGUGGAAUUCUUUAGCAAUGUUCAUGUUGGUCUACAAACCUUGGGCACACACGUUAUCAUCAUGGUUUGAUUCCAUCUUUCCUUGAAGAACAGUAACAUUUACCAAAUUUCCUAAGAGCCCUUUUCACCCUCAGUUUAAAUGUGCAUUGCUGUUUACUGGAUGGGUAUCACAUAAUUAUCAUGUACUAGAGCUUGAAUACCACGAGGACAUUGUCACUGCUGAAAAAUCGUAACUCUUCAUCAAUCAAUUUCUGGAAAAACUAUUUCUUCAUUGAAAGUAUUUCAGUGAGC